AUGACAAUGGAUAAAGACGAGCAGCCACCCAAUCUUCCUCUUCCUGGACAGAUGAUAGAUCCAAACACAAUGAUGAAUUCUUUAUCACAGAUACAUGAAUACUUAAGCGCUUAUCCGAAUUUUGACCCUAAUUUGAUUCAAAACGUUCCAGCGCAACCCGGAAAUAAAAAUACAAGAAAGCAUAAGUUCACACCUGGAGAAGAUGAAACAUUGAAACGAUUGGUGCAGCAAUAUGGCUAUGAUUGGAAAAGUAUUGCAGCAGUACUCAAGAAUAGAAAUGCUAGGCAAUGUCGUGAUAGAUGGAAAAACUACUUGAGGCCUGAGGUCAAUCUAAGACCUUGGUCUCCAGAAGAAGAUGCUUUAUUAAUUCAAAAAUAUCAAGAAUUCGGAAGACAAUGGGCAAUAAUUGCAAAAAGCUUUCCUGAUAGAACCGACAUUCAUAUUAAAAAUAGAUUUACUACGCUAUCUGGAAAAAUAGCAUUCCAAGCUGCGGCAAAUGGUCAAAUGCCAGCUCCUUUAGACGCUAAUAUGCCGAUUACGGAGUAA